CCAGUUUGUCCAGUUUUUUCUCAUCUUCCAAACAAGACAGGGAGGAAGGCGUCUUCAGUCAAGCUUUUGGAUUUCUACCUUUGACACUGGAAGCACAAAGAGGGUUGUUGGAGAUCACCACUAAAGGCUUGGACACACUUGCCUCCCAGUUUAGUUUGAUCACAGUUUUUGCUGGUGAUUCUGUCCAACAUAUACCAGGUGAGAGCUUGCAGAGGUUUUUAUCAGGGACUCCUUGGACACGUUUUUAGGGAAGGAUGAGUUUUUUGUAUGUCGUCCUCCCAGUGUUGGGAGGAUACACUUUCACCUCGCUGUACCUGCUGAAGAACCCACACAUUCUCCACAGGAGGAAACGCACAGCUUUUUACUCCACACACAUCUCACACAGAGGAGGAUGUGGGGAGAGGAUCGAAAGCACCAUGGAGGCGUUCACACAUGCGGUGGAGCAGGGCACUGAGAUGCUGGAGCUGGACUGUCACUUGACACAUGACGGAUAUUUGGUGGUGUCACAUGAUGAGAAUCUGCUGAGGCAGACCGGACACGACGUCACCAUCUCCUCACUCAAUCUACAGGAUUUGCCUUUGUAUAAGGAGAGAAUGGAGGUGACAUUUUAUGCAGGUCGCUACAGCAGCGGUGCAGACAGGAAGUUUGCUCUGCUGGAGGAUGUGUUCAGGAAGUUCCCUGAAAUGCCUGUCAGCAUUGAGAUCAAGGAGAACAACCACCAGCUGAUAGAAAAGGUGUCUGACCUGGUGAGACGUUACAACAGGGAGGAGAUCACUGUCUGGGCCUCUGUGAACUCCGGGAUAAUGCAAGAAUGCUGCAAAAUGAAUGGCUCCAUGCCUUACAGUUUCACUAUGUACCGAGGUGCGCUGCUUCUGCUUCUCUUCUACAGCGGCCUGCUGCCCUUUGUGCCUCUGGGAGAGAGUUUACUGCAAUUCUACCUGCCACGCAUCUUCAACAGGACGUACAUUCCUGAGAACCCCAUCUUGAGGAACAGGCUGGUCAUCUCGUUGUUAGAAAAAGUAACUAUGAGGAAGAGUCUUUUUAGACACCUUGCAGCCCGUGGAAUUCAGGUGCAUUUGUUUGUGUGCAAUGAAGAUGAGGACAUAAAGGCUGCAUUUGACGUAGGAGCCACAGGGGUGAUGUCUGACUAUCCAACGGUUCUGUCAAACUACCUCAGAAGACACAGAAAUCAGGAUUGACAGUGAGCAGCCCCCCCACCCAUGUAACUCAGAAAUAGCAGCUUUUAUGAUAAAUGAGGAUUUAAAAAAAAGAAAAGACUAUAAAAGAGGGUUAGGGUUAGGGUUAGAAACAUAGAAGUUUGAGACCCAUUUCCUAGCCCAUGACAAGAUUAGUCAAAGAGCUGUUGAUUGAGCCAUUAAACACCACACAGUGGGAACAAAACUGAACUCUUUAAUCUCAAACGUUAAUCACUGUUGAUAGAAUUACUUAUAAACAGUGUGAUCUGCAAUCAGUUCAUUUCCAACUGUGGCCUCCACCCACAGUUUUUCAGACACAGCCCAGUGUUUAAAGAAACAGCCACUGAUUUUCUUUGCACCAAGUCCAUCAGUGCUGAGAGUGAAUGUUUAACCAGCUGGGCCAUGUCACCUGACAUCCCAUUUCUCGUGAUAAGAGAGGAAACGUGACUUUUGUUUUGACUGUGUCUGAUGUUAUUUUCUGACAUUAUUUGAUUGGUUUGAGUAAGUGCUGGACUUCAUUAAAAUGCAUUUUCUGGGACAAUUUGAUUGGAGUUAAGCUGUUAUAUUCUCUUU